GAAAAGGCAAAACUUCUAAGAAGUCAGCCUGCUCAAAUUGUGGAACCCAAAGGUCUUCUGUAUGUCCAGCAGAGAGAAUUUGCAGUGACUACCCCUAAAGAUAGUUCUGUUUCCAUUCUUGGAUCAGAUGAUGCAACUACCUGCCACAUAGUUGUGCUCCGACACACAGGCAGUGGAGCGACCUGCUUGACACACUGCGACGGAUCAGACACCGAAGCUGAGGUGUCACUCAUCAUGAGUUCAGUGAAAUCUUUCUCUAGCACCACAGGGUAUGGAAGGCUGGAAGUGCACCUAGUUGGAGGUUUCAAUGAUGAUAGGCAGUUAUCACAAAAACUUACUAAUCAGCUUCUUAGAGCAUUCGAUCUCCAACCAGAUGAUGUUCAUUUAGUGACUUUCUGCGUAACAGAACUAAAUGACAGAGAAGAAAAAGACAUUCACUUUCCAAUAAUUUAUGGAAUAGCUGUGAAUGUUAAAACAGCAGAGAUUUUCCCUGCAACCUUCCCAGAAAAAGGGCCGGAUGAAGAUUUGCGUUCAGCCCAUGUUCUAACAGGAGCAACACUGACUAACAUUUACGAUGCAAAGAUGGAACAACUACAUAUUGGGCCUUAUUCCUGGAGGCCUUUCCCACACGUGGAUUUCUGGUUGGAACAAGAUGAUGAACAGAUUUUACAGAAUCUUUCCACAUCGCCCCUGGCUGAGCCACCCCACUUUGUUUCCCACAUUAGAUCUACAUUAACAUUUCUAAAAGAACAUCCCUUUCCAUCUCACUCCCUGUUUCCUGACAGGAAACCUCGCAUCUACAAAAAAAAUGAAGAAGGGUUGUGGGAACAGGUUUGCUCUGACAAGAUUUAG